UCCAACAUGAAAGCUAGAAUUGGGAUGAAUUUCAGACUUUCCAAGAUUAAUAUUUUAUGAUUUGGUUUUUAAAGCUGCACUUGAUGGUACCAAAGGAACUGAAUCUGUUCAUAAUCCUGAAAGUUGGAGCCAUGAUCCGCUCAGUGUUUGCUGUGCUUUGUUUCCUCCUGCUGCUCAUCGGACCUCAGGCAUUUGACAUUUUGCCUGGAGGCUCUUUAAAUCACCAGGAAAUUACAGAGCAAGCGAUUCUCAAUGCAACUGUGCAGGCAUGCCGCUCUCGAGCCCUGACUGAAGGAACGAACUUCAACUUCCCGGCUCAGCCUUUCACUGCACAAGGCGUUGCUGCUGCCUGCGGCGCCUCGCAGUCAUCGAAGGCUUUCCAUCAGGCCAUCACAUCCAUCAAGCGGAGGAACAUCAGAGUGGACAUCCGCUACCUCUUCAAAGCGAGCUUCCACUUUGACGAUGAGGAGUUCGUUCAGGGAAGGAGGAUCAUCACAGAGGGAUUGGUUGCUGUCAAAGCCGACAACAGGAUGGGGAAUUAUGAGACCGCAAGGCAGAAACUGGGAGAGAUCAUGCAUCCUUUGCAAGAUUUCUACAGUCACAGCAACUGGGUGGAGCUGGGAAACACACUCCCGAACUCCAAUCUGAUUAAAACAGAAGCCAGCAUUGGCAACAUCGCAGAUGAAAGCAGAGUCACCUGUCGCAACUGUGUCGGCGACGACUGCACCAACAACAUCCUGGAGGACGUCAUCGCUGGACAGAUCCUGACCUCUGGCUACUUUGGGCUCGUACCUGUGGUCUCAACCAAGCCACCUGGAAAGUGCAGUCAUGGAGGAUCGUUUGAUCGAACUAGUAAGAUCGAGCCGACCGGUGGGAUUAACAAGGAUUCCUUUCAAUCCAGCCACGGACAUCUCCACACGAAAGCCGCAAAUCUGGCAGUGGCUGCAACCAGCCAGCUUCUGGACGACAUCCGACUGGCAGCUGGAGACCUCCCCUUCCUGCAGAUGGUGGGGAUCUCUCGAGGAUCCAGCAAAGCUCUUUGUUUUGUCACUGACACCUCAAAGAGCAUGAGCGACGACAUUGCCGUGGUGAAGACCGUCACAUCCACCAUCAUCGACAUCGAGGCGGGAACAGAGAACGAACCGUCCGUUUACAUCCUCAUCCCGUUCAGCGACCCAGGAUUUGGGCCAGUGAUUCGUACAACGGAUGCAACACUUUUCAAGGACAUUGUGAACCAUCUAACAACUAAUGGUGGAGGAGAUGAUGAGGAAAUGAGUCUUUCAGGGCUGCAGCUGGCAUUAACCAGUGCUCCGUUCAACUCUGAGAUAUUUCUCUUCACGGAUGCUCCUGCUAAAGACAAAGAUUUGAAGAACACGGUGAUUGCGCUCAUAGAGCGGACCAAAACAGUGGUCAACUUCAUGAUUACAGACUCGGUCGUUACUAAUCGUCGCAGGAGAAGAAGAAACAGCAACCAAAUGCAGACGAGAUUAAUCUCAGAGUCUGACGCUCAGCUGUACAGAGACCUGGCUCAGGCGUCGGGCGGUCAGGCCAUCGAAGUGACGAAGGCCGAACUUCCUGUGGCUGCAGCAACCAUAGUCCAGUCUGUCAGCUCAAUGGUGACCCUUCUGCAGGCGUCCAGGAACCCGGGACAAACCGACAGUUUCACCUUUAUUGUUGACGAAACUGUUAUAAACCCGACAAUUUAUAUCACCGGCAGGUCCAUCACUUUCACGCUCACAAGCCCCACAGGUGUAACUCAGCAAAGCACCGACUCUACAGGCUCAUUGAUCACUUCUUCAGAGACUGUGGGAAACUUCAUAACGGUGCGGUUGCAAAAGCAAGUUGGAAACUGGGCAAUAAGAAUGGUGUCAAAUAAGCCCUACACCCUGAGAGUCGUUGGUGAGAGCUCUGUUGACUUCCUGUUUGACUUUGUGGAGCCGUCUCAGGGUCCUUUCGGUGGAUUCGAUGCUCUCGACACGCGUCCCAGAGCAGGCUUCAAUGGCAGUUUGCUGGUGACCAUAUCAGGAAGUGACUCUGCUGCUGUGACAGAAGUUGCUCUGGUGGAGUCGACGAAGGGGUCGGAGGAGACAGUGGGAGUUGUUGUGCCGCAGGGCAGCGGGGACUUUUUAGUGCAGGUCGAUGUGAUGCCGACGGUGGAGUUUGUAGUGAGAGUAAAGGGGAGAGUUCAAGGUUCUGCUACUGACUUUCAGAGACAGUCGCCCACCAACUUCAGAGCUUCUAACCUGACUCUCUCAGCCGACCCAGACAGCAUCUUGGUUGCAGGAACAAUGACCUCUGUGCCCUUCACUGUGGCCUCAACUAGAUCCGAUGAAAACAUAACCAUCCGAGCCACCAACUCGAGAAGUCUUGACUCCACGUUUCCGUCCGUUUUAUUGGUGGAAAGUGGGAACAGCACUAAUGGCACGGUGACCCUGCUGGCUCCGCUCAGCAUCCCGUCUGGUUCCGACGUCAUCCUGACCAUCGUGGCCGAGACGCCGGAUGGAAGCGACACCAACUACAUUGUGCUGCGAUUCUCUAUAGUGAACUCGAUAAAUGAUUUCACCCAACCAGAGUGUCAGCUUGUCAGCAUGCAGUCCAGCUGUGCUGAAAACUGCAGCCUGUCUGUUUGGGCCGCCUCCAUCAGAGUGACCGACGGCGACAGCGGGGCGGGCGUCCAACGCGUCAGCCUCAUACAGGGCACCGGCGUCUUCAACACCAACCUGGAGGCCGGAAACCAGAACGUAACGCUGGUGUCCUACGUCGCCUCCUGCUGUGCGCCGGUCAUGCAGCUGCUGGUUGUGGACCGGGUCGGCAACGUCGGCACGUGUCAGUUCACUGCCAGGGUCUCCGGGUCCGGCAUGGCCUCGAUGUCUUUCUUCCUGUGUCUCAUCAUGAUGGGGUUCGGACAACUUUUACUGAGUGAAUUCAUGAACUGAAUGAUUCUGUUGUCUAACUUAUCAACCACUGUGACAAAGCUAAACCAUCUGGAAAGAGAUUCAGGAAUUUAAAAUGCAAUUACUUUCUUUUUUUAUUUAUAUUUGCACUGAUAUUUUUAUUAGGGAUGCACUGACAGAAAUAUUUGGAUAAUCGAUAUCCAAUAAUCAUGCUGCAAUGGCUGGUAACCAAUAUUUACUGAUAUUAUAUAUUUUUCUCUCCAGUUUCGAUAAAAAAACGUAAGAAGCAAACUUUUUGGUUGAAUGAAAUCAACUUUGACUUUAACAGGGUCAUGAAUAAUUUUGUGAAAAACUAAUUAAAUUACUGUUUUAUGCUCAGUGUGGCACUAAAUACAUAUUUUUGUUUGUAUUAAAAAGCAAAUGAAGUUGUAAAUAGGGUAAAAAGAGCAAACGCUCAAGAAUGGUGAUGUUACUUGAAUUGUGAGACCUUGUUAUAAUAAAUUAUCCAAGAUAUUUGUCUUUUUUUAUAGCAGAGAUGAAUGAAU